AAUAUUGGGGAUUCAGUAGAAACUAUAAGACUGGGUGGAGGAGUGUACCCAACUAUGGCUCUAGUAAACCACAGCUGUGAUCCAAACUUUAUUCUUGUCUUCUGGGGUAGAGUAGCAGUAGCUAUAGCUAGUAGAUCAAUAGCUCAAGGAGAAGAGAUAAAUGAUAAUUACGGAGCUAACUACGCUAACAUGCCACGACAGGAACGUCAACCCUUCCUUCAGAAGUCUCAUUGGUUCCAGUGUUCUUGUAAGGCGUGUGUAAGCAACUAUCCGGAAUUUCUACGCUGCUCUAAAGACUAUAAAAAGCUGCCCGGUUCAGCGUUCAAGUAUAAACGGGUUGAUAGACAAAAACUUAACAGAGAUGUGGAAAUUCUGAAGAAAGAGAUAAAAGGACACGUUUUUAAGGUAAAAGAAAAACUUGUUUUCGAUUACAUUAAAUCCCAUUAAAUAAGACUUAGUUAGAAAUUCAUGAUUACCAUCUAAUAUUGAAUUGGCUCUUAUUGA